GUUUCUUACAAUAUUGUGUUACCUAUAUAUUACGACUUCUAGGGUUUUUCAUCCGCCUCGCAGUUGCUGUAGCCGCAGGGGAGAAGAAGUAGAAGAUGUCUCACAGGAAAUUUGAGCACCCGAGGCACGGUUCCCUUGGAUUUCUUCCAAGGAAAAGAGCAGCUCGUCACAGAGGAAAAGUGAAGGCUUUCCCGAAGGAUGACGCAAACAAACCAUGCAGGUUGACUGCCUUUUUGGGUUACAAGGCUGGAAUGACACACAUUGUUAGGGAGGUUGAGAAGCCAGGAUCAAAACUUCACAAGAAGGAAACAUGUGAGCCUGUGACAAUCAUUGAGACCCCACCAAUGGUGAUUGUUGGUGUUGUUGGAUACGUGAAAACCCCACGCGGUCUUCGCACUUUGGGCACUGUUUGGGCUCAGCAUUUGAGUGAAGAAUUAAGGAGGAGGUUCUACAAGAACUGGUGCAAGUCUAAGAAGAAGGCUUUCACUAAAUACUCAAAACAGUAUGAAUCUGAUGAGGGAAAGAAGACGAUCCAGGAGAAGCUUGAGAAGCUGAAGAAAUAUUCAACUGUGAUUCGUGUGUUGGCCCAUACUCAGAUUACCAAGAUGAAGGGAUUGAAGCAAAAGAAGGCACACCUGAUGGAGAUCCAAGUUAAUGGUGGUACAAUUGCUCAGAAGGUGGACUAUGCCUAUGGGUUCUUUGAGAAGCAAGUUCCAGUAGAGGCUGUUUUCCAGAAAGAUGAGAUGAUUGAUCUUAUUGGUGUGACCAAGGGUAAAGGUUACGAAGGUGUUGUCACUCGUUGGGGCGUUACACGUCUCCCACGUAAGACUCACAGGGGUCUUAGGAAGGUGGCUUGUAUUGGUGCUUGGCAUCCUGCUAGAGUGUCAUUUACAGUUGCCAGGGCUGGUCAGAACGGAUACCACCACCGAACUGAAAUGAACAAGAAGAUCUACAGAGUUGGAAAGACGGGACAGGAAGCCCAUACCGCCAUCACUGAGUUCGACAGGACUGAGAAGGAGAUUACUCCAAUGGGUGGUUUCCCUCACUAUGGUAUUGUGAAGAGUGACUACUUGAUGAUCAAGGGAGGAUGUGUUGGACCCAAGAAGAGGGUCAUCACCCUUCGCCAGUCGCUUCUCAAACAAACUUCCCGUGUGGCUCUCGAGGAGAUCAAGCUCAAGUUCAUCGAUACGUCCUCCAAGUUCGGCCAUGGUCGCUUCCAGACAACACAUGAGAAACAGAAGUUCUAUGGUCGCGUCAAGGCUUAAGCUUAUAUCUCUGCCUGCCUGCCUGCCUGCUGCCUGCUGCCUCUGUUACUGUCACCCAUGAAUUUUUGUUAUUUAUUUAUGUUAUUUCAGGAUUCUGAGUAGUUGAGGUGUUUUGAUUUGUUACUGAACUUAAAUUUUGAACUUAUAGCUUGCAAUUAAUCGGAUUUGAUUUCACCUUCUACCA